AAGCCAUAUUUAAUUUAUUGUUGUAAAUAAAGUGUAUAAGUUUUUAUCUAAGAACGGAUUGUGUUUUAAGCACGUUUGUGCUAGUAUUUAAUGUGUUAGAAACAUUAUUUUUCAGGUCUUUAAGAAAAUUCAAUUUUUAUUAAAGUGAAAACUUAUGUACUUAUAAAGAUGCCAAACUUCGAUUCUGAUAUACCGAAUUCUACCGCUAGGAAUUAUGUUCCAGCCGCCUCAUUUAGUUCGAUGGUUAGACGAGUUAAUUUACAAAAGCGUUAUAUUUUGGUAAUAUUAACCAAUAUUGGGUUUAUAUUAAUUUUUGCCAUGCGAAGUAACUUGUGUACAUUUAUAUUAGAUCCAGUGCAUUUAUCAACGAUUAGAAAUUAUUCAGAGCUAUAUUUUAUGAUUGCUUUUUUUCUAAUUCAAAUACCUACAGCAAUAUUAGUAAAUCGAUUUUCUCCUUUUAAAAUUUUUGGAUUGUCAAUUUUAUGUAGCGCCUUACUGGGAUUAGGAUCCUUAAUAAUAUUAUAUAUAUCUCACGCACAUUGGCUGUACUAUGUUGGAUUUUUUCGAGGAUUAUUUGAGGGAGCAGCAUUUCCUGCGGCCCAUGGAAUGUGGCAACAUUGGGUACCAUCAAUAGAACGAUCUACUUUAAUAUCAAUCGCAUAUUCUGGAUGCUUUUUUGGUGUGGCAAUCGGUGCACAAUUUUCGAAUUUAGUAUGUAAUUUACUUCCUGGAGACAAUAUAUUAAUUGUGUACGGUGUUUUGGGUAUUCUAUGGUUUGUUUUAUGGACAUGGUCUAUUUAUGAAAAUCCAUCAGCUCAUCCAACAAUAACCCAGGAUGAAUUGCAAUAUUUAAAUCAGGCAAUAAAUAAUCAUGAAUCCACAAAUAAUGCUUUAAAUUCAAUACCCUGGAAAGAAAUUUUCACCACGAAAUCAGUGUGGGCUUUAUAUGUGGUACAUUUUUGUCGAUCCUUUACGAUAAUGUAUAUACUUCAAGGAGAUUUCUCGACUCUAAAUUUUAUACACCAAACUAAUGUGUACUUUGUAGAAUAUCCCGCAUUUGUCAUUGCCAUCACUUUGCCAGUAGUUGGAUUUCUAGCAGAUUUCAUUUCAAUGAAAACGUCCAAAUCUGUAUCAUACAUUCGAAGAUUAUAUAUUUCUGGUGGUCUUUUCAUCGAGCUUUUAAUAUAUUUACCCGGUAUUUUUAUCAUUGAAUAUGUUGGGCCACUAUUCUUAGACCAAAUUUUUAGUUGCUUCAGUUAUAGUUGUAUUAUAAGUGGAUUCUUUGUUAAUCAUGCUGAUGUAGCACCAAAAUAUGCACACGUCACCAUGACUAUUUCACAAAUGAUGAAUGUUCUGGCAACAAAUUUUAUUUACUGGAUGCCAAUUGUACUUCCAUUUGAAUCGUUAGAAGAUACUCCAGAUUAUAAAUACAAUAAAAUGGAGGGUUAUUUCAUUGUGGCAACAUUCUUCCAUAUUGUUGGCGGUUUAAUUUACUUUGUUUGGGGAUCGGGUCGUGCUGAAAGUUGGUCUACGUCGGAGACAAAGGAUGAAGAAAAUCGAGCAGUUUCUUUCUCAAAUAAUUCAGUUGGUGUUUGAAAAUUUUUUGUAUAUUAUUACAAAUUUGUUGACAAAUAUUA